AAUCAACCGCGAAUGACAUUUGCGGGAAAUUGAAGUUAUUUUUUUCACAUUUGUACCCCAAAAAGACAAGAAAACCAUGGAUAUUGAAGCAUAUCAAUCAAAUAAUACACAGAAUAUGACCCUUAGAUCUCAGGUUCCCGAUGUUACCAGGGUAGAACCUUGCUGGAUGGGCAUAGAUGAGGCAGGAAGAGGACCAGUUUUAGGUCCCAUGGUCUAUGGAACAUGUUUCUGCCCCAUCUCUAUGAAGGAGAAGUUGGAGGAAUCUGGAUUUGCUGAUUCAAAGACACUCUCAGAAGAGCAGAGAGAAAAUCUUUUCAGUAAAAUAGGUGAAUCGGCCGAUUGGACAGGAUGGUUGGUGGAAAUACUUUCACCUUUCUAUAUAUCUACGAGUAUGCUGAGAAGAUUCAAGUAUAAUUUGAAUGAACUGUCCCAUGAUUGUGCUAUUGGAAUGAUCAAUAAGGUGAUUGAUGCUGGUGUCCAGCUCACAGAGGUUUAUGUUGACACAGUGGGGGAUCCUGGGAAAUACCAAGCCAAACUGCAGCAAUUGUUCCCUCAGGUCAAGUGUACUGUUGCCAAGAAGGCUGAUGCUCUCUACCCCAUAGUUAGUGCUGCCAGUAUAUGUGCCAAGGUUGCCAGGGACCGUGCUGUGAAGGCGUGGGUGUUCACUGAGGGAGCUGCAAUUAAAGUGAAUGAGAAUGGUUUUGGUUCAGGUUAUCCUGCUGAUCCAAAUACCAAACAGUUCCUCGUUGAAAACUUAGACCAGGUGUUUGGCUUCCCACAUUUUGUGAGGUUCAGUUGGUCAACAGCAGACAAACUCCUCCAAGACAAAGCUGUCCCAGUUCAUUGGGAUGAUGAUGAAGAGGGGAAUGAAGGAAAGGCAGCAAAACAUGCUAAAAAUACUCCUAAGUUAGAGUCAUUUUUCAAUGCCAAGCCAGCAGAGGUCAAGGCUAAGACACAUCGAUUCUUUACUGAACGAUGCCUGAAAUCAGUUGAAGGAUUUUAGGACAGCCAUUGCCAUGCUCACUGAAAUCAAGCAGGAAGGCAGUGGAUAUCUCUUUUAAGAAACUUUCUGGAUCAUUACAAGACUGCAUAGUGUAAUGAGGUGCUGAAUCUCUAUUGAAAUCCUAUUGGACAGUCUCAGUAUGCGGGAUUUCUAUUACCAUUUCUAUUACCAUUUCUUUGUGUUUAUAAAUGAUGGUUUUAUAAAAAAUCGUUUGUAACCAUUGAAAUCGUUCAAUAGGAGAACA